CGCACAGCGGCCAUUGGAUUUAGGCUAGGGUCGCCAUGGCCAGCGUCCACGAGAGCCUCUACUUCAAUCCCAUGAUGACCAAUGGAGUGGUGCACGCCAACGUGUUCGGCAUCAAGGACUGGGUGACACCGUAUAAGAUCGCGGUGCUGGUGUUGCUGAACGAGAUGGGCCGCACGGGCGAGGGCGCCGUUAGCCUAAUGGAGCGGCGGAGGCUCAACCAGCUGCUCCUACCGCUGCUGCAGGGCCCGGAUGUCACACUGUCCAAACUAUACAAGUUAAUUGAAGAGUCUUGUCCUCAGCUGGCUAAUUCAGUACAGAUCAGAAUCAAACUAAUGGCUGAAGGUGAAUUGAAGGACCUGGAGCAGUUUUUUGAUGACCUUUCAGAUUCUUUUUCUGGAACUGAACCAGAGGUUCACAAGACAAGUGUAGUAGGUUUAUUUCUGCGUCACAUGAUCCUGGCCUACAGGAAGCUUUCUUUCAGUCAAGUGUUUAAACUCUACACUGCCCUUCAGCAGUACUUCCAAAAUGGUGAGAAAAAGACAGUGCAAGAUGCAGCUAUGGAGCUGACAAACAGAGAGGAGGGCGAAAGUAAAAUGGAGAAAGAGGAGCUGGAUGUGUCUGUCAGAGAAGAAGAAGUAUCUUGCAGUGGGCCUUUGUCUCAGAAGCAAGCAGAAGUUUUUCUGUCUCAACAGGCUUCUUUGUUAAAGAAUGAUGAGACGAAAGCCCUUACACCAGCAUCAUUGCAGAAAGAACUAAACAGCUUGUUGAAAUUUAAUCCUGAUUUUGCUGAAGCGCAUUAUCUCAGCUACUUAAACAAUCUCCGGGUUCAAGAUGUUUUCAGUUCCACACACAGCCUUCUUCAUUAUUUUGACCGCCUGAUUCUUACCGGAGCCGAGAGCAAGAGUAACGGGGAGGAGGGUUACGGCCGAAGCCUGAGAUACGCCGCUCUGAACCUGGCCGCCUUGCACUGCCGCUUUGGUCACUAUCAGCAGGCGGAGCUCGCGCUGCAGGAGGCCAUCAGGAUUGCCCAGGAAGCCAAUGACCACGUGUGUCUGCAGCACUGCUUGAGCUGGCUGUAUGUGCUGGGCCAGAAGAGAUCUGACAGCUAUGUUCUGCUGGAACAUUCAGUGAAGAAAGCAGUACAUUUUGGUUUACCGUACCUCGCGUCCCUGGGAAUACAGUCCCUGGUGCAGCAGAGAGCCUUUGCGGGGAAGACAGCAAACAAGCUGAUGGAUGCCCUGAAGGACUCCGACCUCCUGCACUGGAAACACAGCCUGUCGGAGCUCAUUGACAUCAGCAUUGCCCAGAAAACCGCUAUCUGGAGGCUGUACGGCCGCAGUACCAUGGCCCUUCAGCAAGCCCAGAUGCUGCUGAGCAUGAACAGUCUGGAGUCGCUGAACGCCGGUGUGCAGCAGAACAAUACCGAGUCCUUUGCGGUUGCGCUCUGCCACCUUGCGGAGCUCCACGCCGAGCAGGGCUGUUUCGCUGCAGCUUCUGAAGUAUUAAAGCAUUUGAAGGAACGAUUCCCACCCAACAGUCAACAUGCCCAGUUAUGGAUGCUGUGUGAUCAGAAAAUCCAGUUUGACAGAGCAAUGAAUGAUGGCAAAUACCACUUGGCCCAUUCCCUGGUUGCAGGAAUUGCAGCUCUCAGUAGCACCGAGGGUGUAUAUAGAAAAGCUGUCGUGCUGCAAGCUCAGAACCAAAUGUCUCAGGCACACAAGCUCCUCCAGAAGCUGUUGGCCCACUGUCAGAAGAUGAAGAACACAGAGAUGGUGAUCCGCGUCCUACUCUCGGUGGCUGAGCUGUACUGGCGUUCCUCAUCCCCCACCAUUGCGCUGCCCGUGCUCCUACAGGCUUUGGCCCUCUCCAAGGAGUACCGGCUGCAGUCCUUGGCCUCGGAAACAGUGCUGAACCUGGCUUUCGCCCAGCUCAUCCUUGGAAUCCCAGAACAAGCCUUGAGUCUUCUCCACAUGGCCAUUGAGCCCAUCUUGGCUGACGGGGCCGUCCUGGACAAAGGCCGUGCCAUGUUCUUGGUGGCCAAAUGCCAGGUGGCCUCCGCAGCAUCCUACGACCCACCAAAGAAAGCAGAAGCUCUGGAGGCCGCCAUCGAGAACCUCAGUGAAGCCAAGAGUUACUUCACAAAGGUCGACUGCAAAGAGCAGAUCAGAGACGUAGUGUACUUCCAGGCCAGGCUGUACCACACGCUGGGGAGGACCCAGGAGAGAAACCGCUGUGCGAUGCACUUCCGGCAGUUGCACCAGGAGCUGCCCUCUCACGGGGUGCCCUUGAUCAACCAUCUGUAGUGAGGGCCUC